AUGGAUCCGAAGCCGGCGGCCGCGCUGCGGCUGCUGCUGCUGCUGCUGCUGCUGCUGGGCUCGCGGCUGGCUGCAGGCGCGCUCCCUUUCGGCAGCGGUCCUCCCCGAGUCUUCCCUGACCUGUCGGAGCAGCGGUGGUUGCAGGUGGAGGACUUGAGCCUGUCCCUGUUGCGGGGCGGGGGUCUGGGGCCCCUGUGGCUCCCCUCGGACCUGCCGGAGCUGGACCCGGAGUGCCGGGAGCUGCUGCUCGACUUCGCCAAUAGCAGCGCCGAGCUGACCGGGUGCCUGGUGCGCAGCGCUCGGCCUGUGCGCCUCUGUCAGACCUGCUACCCCCUCUUCCAACAGGUCGUCAGCAAGAUGGACAACAUCAGCAGAGCCGUGGGGAACACUUCCGAGAGUCAGAGUUGUGCCAGAAGUCUCUUAAUGGCCGAUAGGAUGCAAGUAGUUUUGAUUCUCUCUGAAUUUUUUAAUACCACCUGGCAGGAGGCAAAUUGUGCAAAUUGUUUAACAAACAACAGUGAUGAAUUAUCAAACAGCACAGUACAUUUCCUCAGUCUAUUUAAUAGCACCCUGACCUGCUUUGAACAUAACCUUCAGGUGAGUCUUCUACCACCAAAAAAUUACUCAGAAGUGUGCAAAAACUGUCAGGCUGCCUACAAAACAUUGAGUGAUCUGUACAGUGAAAUGCAGAAAGCGAACGAACGUGAACAUAAGGCUGAACCUGGGACACAUUUAUGCAUCGACGUAGAGGACGCUAUGAACAUUACUCGAAAACUUUGGAGUCGAACUUUCAACUGUUCGGUGCCCCGCAGUGACACGGUGCCCGUAAUCGCUGUCUCUGUGUUUAUUCUCUUCCUGCCCGUGGUCUUCUACCUUAGCAGUUUCCUUCAUUCAGAGCAAAAGAAGCGCAAACUCAUUCUACCCAAACGUCUCAAGUCCAGUACCAGUUUCGCAAACAUCCAAGAAAAUUCAAACUGAAACCUACGAAAUGGAGACUGUGUAUCGUGUACCACUGGAUGAACGGUGAAAGACAAAACUUGGUCAGAAGAAGAUAAACUGUGAUUUGACAGGUCAAGCUCCUGAGAAAUGCAAGAACUCCAGAGUUAUUUUUAAAUAAAAAUUUUCAAUCUUUCUUUCCUUUUCCACCCAUUUUUGUAAGGAUUGUACAUUUUUAAUCUGCAGGAAGAGCAGUGUUGUCUUGUUUUAAAGUAUAUUUGUUACAGCAACAGAAGACACAACCGCAAUCUUGGCUUUUACGACAUGUUAUUGCCAUCUGAGACUUCUGGUUUUUCCUUAUUAACAAAAGUACCUCAAGUGAAAAAGUUUUUGAAAACAAGGACUUAAAAUUUAACCAGUUACAAGAAAA